UUUAUUUUUAGAGGCGCACUCCAGGGAAUGUCCCAUUUAGCAGGUAUCUGCCAAACAGAACAAUCAUUUAGUGGUGCUUCUAACAUGAUCUCACGAAGUAUCCAGUUUCUAUGCUGUAUUUGCAUUAUUUUGUUACUAUACAGAAAUGUCGUACACGCAGAAGAAGUUCAAACCUACAAAAUUACUGACACGGUUUCUUUCUGCAGCAGUAAGCUUUCAGUGAUGAUAAGUAAACUAUGCGAUAACCAAUACAAAAUUGUGAAGAGAGAUACAUCAAUUUUAAUCGGUAAAUUAUCACCACGAAGAUUGGAAGAGCAAGAAUUUGCUAAAGAGCGGUGGCGGCGCUUGCGUCGACAAGUGGCUAACGAAUGCUGCAAUCAACCUUGUUCGUUGGAAAAUCUCAUUAUGUACUGCUCGGAAGACGCAAAGGUGCUGAGAGAAAAUCCUGAUUUGUUCGAAAUUAAUUAAUCGAAAUAUUAUCUAAUAGAGUAUUAUUAAUUAUACAUAUUAAAAUAAGUUCAAAUAAAUAAUACUUUUAUAAUUAA